CCUCGGGCCGGACUUGCGCUACGCCAGGCAGGCGGCGGCAGGAGGGUCGCUCUGGGCCGGCAUUUGGACUCCGGGACGUAGGGCUGCGUGAACCCACGGGCGCAAGCCGGAGGGACAGGAGAGGGCGAGUGGUGGGCGGACGGGUCGUCAGGGAUCGGGUCCGGGGUCCGGCGGCCGCGGUGGGAGUCGCAGACGCGCUGCUCGGCCUGGGUCCCCGGGCGCCGGCCCGGGCCGCUCCUGCGGCGGCCGUCAUGUGGUGCCUGCACUGCAACUCAGAGAGGACCCAGUCCCUGCUAGAGCUGGAACUUGACAGCGGUGUUGAAGGUGAGGCCCCCAGUAGUGAGACUGGCACAUCGCUGGACAGCCCCUCAGCCUACCACCAGGGUCCCUUGGUACCUGGUUCCAGCCUGAGCCCAGACCACUACGAGCACACGUCAGUGGGUGCCUAUGGGCUGUACGCAGGGCCAGGACCACAACAGCGCACACGGAGGCCCCGGCUUCAGCACUCGACCUCUGUCCUGCGCAAGCAGGCUGAGGAGGAGGCCAUCAAGCGCUCUCGGUCACUGUCUGAGAGCUAUGAGCUCUCUUCAGAUCUACAAGAUAAGCAGGUGGAAAUGCUAGAACGCAAGUAUGGGGGACGCCUUGUGACCCGCCAUGCAGCCCGCACCAUCCAGACGGCGUUCCGCCAGUACCAAAUGAACAAGAACUUUGAGCGCCUGCGUAGCUCCAUGUCAGAGAACCGCAUGUCACGCCGCAUUGUGCUGUCCAACAUGAGGAUGCAGUUCUCCUUUGAAGGCCCUGAGAAGGUGCACAGCUCCUACUUUGAGGGCAAGCAGGUCUCUGUGACCAAUGAUGGUUCCCAGCUGGGUGCCCUGGUGCCAUCAGAAUGUGGAGACCUUAGCGACCCAGCCCUCAAGUCUCCAGCACCCUCCAGUGACUUUGCAGAUGCCAUCACAGAACUGGAGGAUGCAUUCUCCCGGCAGGUGAAGUCCCUGGCUGAGUCCAUCGAUGAUGCCCUCAAUUGCCGCAGCCUACACAGUGAGGCAGUACCAGCCCCAGACACAGCACGGGCCCGGGACACUGAGCCCAAGCCAGGCCUUCAUGGCAUGGACCACCACAAAUUGGAUGAGAUGACAGCCUCAUAUAGCGAUGUCACCCUCUACAUUGAUGAGGAAGAGCUGUCACCGCCUCUGCCGCUCUCACAGGCUGGGGAUCGGCCUUCCAGCACAGAGUCGGACCUGCGGCUAAGGGCUGGGGGUACAGCCCAGGACUACUGGGCCUUGGCCCACAAGGAGGACAAGGCUGACACAGACACGAGCUGCCGAAGCACACCAUCACUGGAGCGGCCAGAGCCAAGGCUGCGGGUGGAGCACCUUCCCUUGCUUACCAUUGAGCCACCCAGUGACAGCUCAGUGGAACUCAGUGACCGCUCAGAUCGAAGCUCACUCAAGAGGCAGAGUGCCUAUGAGCGCAGCCUCGGUGGACAGCAAGGCAGCCCCAAGCAUGGCCCCCACGGUGGCCCCCCAAAAGGCCUCCCCCGGGAGGAGCCUGAGUUGCGGCCUCGGCCCCCCAGACCUCUCGAGAGCCACCUUGCCAUCAAUGGUUCAGCCAACCGGCAGAGCAAAUCUGAGUCUGACUACUCAGAUGGGGACAAUGAUAGCAUCAACAGCACAUCCAACUCCAACGAUACCAUAAACUGCAGCUCUGAGUCCUCAUCGCGGGACAGCCUGCGGGAACAGACACUCAGCAAGCAGACAUACCACAAGGAGACCCGCAACAGCUGGGACUCACCAGCCUUCAGCAAUGAUGUCAUCCGUAAGAGGCAUUACCGAAUUGGCCUGAAUCUCUUCAACAAGAAGCCUGAAAAAGGCAUCCAGUAUCUCAUUGAGCGCGGCUUCGUGCCCGACACGCCAGUGGGGGUGGCCCACUUUCUGCUGCAGCGCAAGGGCCUCAGCCGCCAGAUGAUCGGUGAGUUCCUGGGAAACCGGCAGAAGCAGUUCAACCGUGAUGUGCUCGACUGUGUUGUAGACGAGAUGGACUUCUCUGCCAUGGAGCUAGAUGAAGCCCUCCGGAAGUUCCAGGCGCACAUCCGGGUCCAGGGGGAGGCUCAGAAAGUGGAGCGGCUCAUCGAGGCAUUCAGCCAGCGGUACUGUGUCUGCAACCCUGGAGUGGUACGGCAGUUCCGAAACCCAGACACCAUCUUCAUCCUGGCCUUCGCCAUCAUUCUGCUCAACACAGACAUGUACAGCCCCAACGUCAAGCCUGAGCGCAAGAUGAAGCUGGAGGACUUUGUCAAGAACCUCCGAGGUGUGGACGAUGGUGAAGACAUUCCCCGGGAGACACUGAUUGGGAUCUAUGAGCGGAUCCGUAAGCGGGAACUGAAGACCAACGAGGACCAUGUGUCCCAGGUGCAGAAGGUUGAAAAGCUCAUCGUGGGCAAGAAACCGAUCGGAUCCCUGCAUCACGGGCUUGGCUGUGUGCUCUCUCUUCCCCAUCGACGACUGGUCUGCUACUGCCGGCUUUUUGAAGUUCCAGACCCCAAUAAACCCCAGAAGCUGGGACUGCAUCAGAGAGAAAUCUUCCUGUUCAAUGACCUCCUGGUGGUCACCAAGAUCUUCCAGAAGAAGAAGAACUCGGUGACAUAUAGCUUCCGGCAGUCCUUCUCCCUCUAUGGAAUGCAAGUCCUGCUCUUCGAGAACCAGUACUACCCCAAUGGCAUCCGGCUGACAUCUGCUGUCCCUGGAGCUGAUAUCAAAGUGCUAAUAAACUUCAACGCUCCCAAUCCUCAGGACCGGAAGAAGUUCACCGAUGACCUGCGGGAGUCUGUUGCUGAAGUGCAAGAGAUGGAGAAACACCGGAUAGAGUCGGAGCUCGAGAAGCAGAAGGGUGUCGUGCGGCCCAGCAUGUCACAGUGCUCCAGCCUCAAAAAGGAAUCAGGCAACGGAACGCUGAGCAGGGCCUGCCUGGAUGACAGCUAUGCCAGUGGCGAGGGCCUCAAGCGCAGUGCCCUCAGCAGCUCCCUGAGAGACCUCUCAGAAGCGGGGAAGCGAGGGCGUCGCAGCAGUGCGGGAUCGCUAGAGAGCAAUGUGGAAGGCUCCAUCAUUAGCAGUCCUCACAUGCGCCGGAGAGCGACCUCAACACGAGAGUGCCCAUCUCGCCCCCCCCAGCCCGUGCCUAACUCCUCCUCUCUCCUGGGUUCUUUGUUUGGGAGCAGGAGAGGGAAGCCCCCUCCCCAGGCCCACCCACCCUCGGCCCCUCCCCCAGGACCCCCUCACGCCCAUCACCCUGGGCCCUCAGAGGGCCCUCUGCUUGGGCAUCAUGCACAAUACUGCCAUGCGCAGCAGAACCCACCCCCCUAUCACCACCACCACCACUACCACCCACCCCCACACCUGCAGCACACCCACCAGUACCACCAUGGCCCACACGGGGGGCACCCCCCAUACGUGACCCAUACGCACAGCCACCCGCCCCUGCCCACAGCUCACUCUGGUCACGCAGGGCAUGCAGCGCAUCACCAUGGGCAACCCCCUGCCCCACCGCCCCCCACCAGCAGCAAGGGCAAGCCCAGCGGCAUCAGCACAGUUGUGUAGACAGCCUAGGCAGUCGCCUAUCACACACCAGGCACACACGGGCCUACCAGGCCCAGCCUCAGACCAGCCGAAGGCACCACUGUUUCCACUUCCUCCGCCCCCACAGCCUGAGUGGAUCCAUGGGCUUGCCUUCCACAGAGCAGAGCUCCCACUCUGGCUUGGCCCUGGCACCCAGUCCUCCCUCGGCCCAAGGCUGGGCCUCAGCCACCGUUGGCCUUGACACGGCGCUGACCAAGGAGAAUUGGAACUGGCUCUCACCCUGUCAGCCUCAGCCCCUCACUCUGUACACAUCUGAAAACUCAGCCUAGCAAAGAAAGCAUGAGAUACAAAAGUCAGACACAACAACCAACCCCAGACUGGCUGUGUUACUGUUCUGUUAUUGGCCGUGGGCAAAAAUAAUAAUAAUAAUAAUAAGUAGACCUGAUAUGGGUGAUGAAAAUACGUAAGUAAAUUUUAUAUAAUAUAAAUAUAUAAAUAUAUAAAUAUAUAUAUAUACAUACUGUAUAGGUAGUGUUUGUGUGUGGAAGAUAAGCAUUUCAUCCACAAAGCUAGCACUAGGGACCUCCUAAGGACUGCCACAUAAGUGACAGGAAGUCAAUCUAGAUAAAUGUGUGAGUAGACCAAAAACCCUGCUAGAACAAACCCAGAUCCUUCCAUAUUUUCAUACAAAGAAAUUCCCUCUAGCCUGGCUGAAACCUUAUACGCUCAUAACUCACUGUGCCAAGUAACAUAGCACCUGACUGUCUAAUACCCCACUUUGCUCUGUAUAGACCCCUCUUUUAUUAACAGAGUACUAUUCUAAGUAACCAGUAUUAAAACUGCAGUUAUCUCCAGUAAGCAACUAGGCAAAGCGCAGUCACCUCUACCCCAGCACUUGGGGCAACCAGUCUAGAGCUGGCUGUCUCAGGACCUCAGCCCCACAGAUCCGUGGAUACUUUAUACUGGCUGCCAUAACUUUGAAUCCCAUGCUCUACAUUCCUUCCCUCUGUACAUGGUGAGCCACACUCCCCUCCUCCACAGUCCUCCCAUGGCUCACAUGGCAGAGGGACUCAUCCCCAACACAGUGACCACUCAUCUUUGUCCACCAAUGCCAUAACCCCCUCAUCCAAUUCCCAGCCCCAGCAGGCGGGUGGCGUGAGCGCUGGGCGGCCCAGGGCAGUGUGUGUGUCCCGUGUUGUGUUGAGUGGCAACAGCGAUCACUGUAAUUCCAUGCAGCCAUGUGCUCAUGACCCCUGUGUCAUCACUGCGCCUAGCCAAUGAGUGCUUGGCCCUGGCCAGGUGAAACACCCCCUCCCCCACUGCCUCUCAUGGUCCAGUGAGCUGCCAGGCCCCACAUGCCCCAGCUGUGUUCUUGUCGCUUUCAUGUGUGACACCAUGCACUCCCUGGGGCCACAUGCUGCCCACGUUCCUGUGCCUAAGUCACCCACGGGCUAUACUUUACAGUUUCAGCCCUUCCAGCCACCGCAGCCUCCAGUGCUGUGCUCCUAAGCCCAGGACCUGAGGACUGCCUGUGGCCUCUGCCUGCGCGGAGUCCCUUUCAGAAAGGAAGGAGCUGCCGCCUGACCGUGGGCUGCGUCUAGGACCUU